AUGGAGCACCUUGAUGUUGUGACGGAGAAGCUGAAAAGCUUGAAAACCACUGCAGAGAACCUGAACGGUUUCACUCUCGCGGCUUUGGGCGUAACAAUAUUACUAGUAGCUAUAAACAAAUGGCUGUUACCCUCAUAUGAUGGCCGUGAGCCUCCGCUCGCGCCUACCAGCAUCCCCGUAUUUGGACAUGUGUUUGGUUUCAUGCGCAACAGCUUCGGCUAUUAUGAGAAGCUCAACAAGAAGCUCAAGCUUCCGAUAUUCACCAUUUGCAUGCCUGGCCGAAAGAUCUAUGUCGUCACUAAGCCUGAACUUAUCAGCAAGAUUGAUAAGCAAAACAAGGCCUUCUCCUUUGCCCCCAUCAUCUCCGAGUUCAGCAGCGUCACCUGUGGCACCAGCAAAGAGGCGACCGAGAUCCUCAACCAGAACCUUUUGGGCGAGCACGGCAACUGGGGCUUGUGUGAAGAUAUGGUUGUCGGUAUGCGGGAGUCGCUGAAACCUGGCGAGAACCUUGACAUCAUGAACAGGACCAUGGCUACUGAAGUGUGCCGCUUGCUCGAGGAUACCAAGCCAGAGGCAGGAAAAGAAUUUCGUGUUAUCAAACUGUCAUCAUGGGUCGCCGAGGUUGUAACAAUGGCAACGACUAACUCCGUUUACGGUCCUAUGAACCCUUAUAAGAGACAGGAUAUCAAAGAUGCGUUUUGGGAGUUUGAAAAGGGUAUCAUGAAGAUGCUCGUGUCUCCAUUCCCAGAAAUCACCGCUAAGGAUUCAAUUCAAGCUCGCGACAAAGUCACAAAGGUUUUGGGAGAUUACUUUGCCAAUGGUUACCAUGAAAAGGGAUCUGGCUUAGCAAAGGCAAGAUUCGAUUAUUCUGUCAAAAACAACGUGCCGCUUGCAGAUAUUGGCCGCUUUGAAAUUGGCGGUACCAUUGCAAUCUUGGUCAACACCCUUCCUUCUUGCUAUUGGAUGCUGUUGCUGGUCCACGCCGUCCCCGGUUUACUUGAGGAUAUCCGGAAAGAAGUAGAUGCGGCGCUCGUCAUUGAUAAGGAGAACAACAAGGUCACUAUCGACAUUACCACGGUCAAGAAUAAUUGCCCUCUUCUUCUCUCCACCUUCAAAGAGAGUCUCCGCUACCGUGCCAUGGGAACAGCUGUGCGAGUUGUAGUUCAGGACACAGAUCUCGGCGGUUAUCUGCUAAAGAAGGGCUCCAUGGUGCAGAUUCCUCUCCCGUCCAUUCACAGCAAUCAAGAUCACUGGGGCCAAUCAGCCACUGACUUUGAUCCUCGGAGAUUUGUAAGGGAUCCCAAAUCAGGCAAGAAGAUCCCCGACGACAGCGGAUACCGAAGCUUUGGCGGCGGUAAGCAUCUGUGCCCAGGAAGAUUCUUUGCUACGAAUGAGAUUCUCGCUGUUGUUGGCCUCUUCAUCUCUCGCUACCAGAUGCGUCCCGUCGGUGGUGGCGACUGGGUCCUUCCUACUACUGCCAAUAGCAACCCUGCAACGCAAAUUUCGCAGCCCGAUUUUGAACUUGACAUGGAAGUGCGCAACAGACCUGGAUUUGAAAAGUUCAGCUGGGAGGUCAUACUGACCAAAUCUAAUGCUGUAAAUGCUGUGCUCGCUGGUGAUCGAGUGGACUAAGGUCGCAUGGCAUUCUAAUUUAAAAAUCUCUGUUUAUAAAAAUAAAUAAAUUCACUCUUGCUAAAUAUAUGAGUAUUAAUAAAUGGAUUAUAAUG